CACAUCAUAUUUCUGAUCUUUUGUCUCACGGGGUAUAACCUGUAUUAGUUCGAAAUUAUUUUUGCUGCUUCGAGACAUUAGCUAUCUAGCUGAAGGCGUCAAAUUUAGCCAGUUAUGGGAGAGGUCUGGGGCGGGAAGGUGAUGGUGGCGGAAACAGUUUUAUAUUUACAAGUAUUUAUAUGUGUGUGCUAAGGAUAUUCGUCCCAGAAAAAGUUAUACAAGAAGCAGAGUAAUGAAGGAGACAGAUAGUAAAAGAAGCAUAUGCAUAUUUUUUUUGCCGUGAACAGUGGUUCACCUCGUAUGUGAUGACCUGACGUGAGUUACCAUGAGGACUUCAGCUCCUCCCACUGUCUGCAGCGGUCGCUCCACUGCUGCCCUGCUCACCACACUCCUUCCCCUCACUGUCUCCUUGCUGGUUUGGGCCUCACAGUCCCAGGCACAGGAAAGCAGAGCAGAUGUAGCCACAAAUACCAGCAGCAGUAGUGCCAGUAGAGCUAUGAGUGUUCUGCAGAAUGCCAGUGAUGGCAUUGAUGCCACCCAGCCUGGCAGUAAACCUGUUAUUUAUGUAAAUAAUCCACAGCUACUAAGGGAGAUGCAGGAGCAGAGUUUGCUUCAUCACACUUUUAGAUUAUCAGCUGGGGGAGUACCAAGUAAGGAGGAGGAUGGGAUCCUGGAGGGAGGGAUACCUCUCCUGGAGCGCUCAGCUACCCUGGGCUCACAGCUGAGGCACCUGGCCAACAAUGAGCUGGGGGUCACACACAUGCAGGCAACCUUUGAUGAGCUGCCAUAUUCUAAUCUUGAGCGGAAAGAAGAGGAGACGGUAAAAGAGAUGGUACAGUCAUUAGAGAGGAAGUUUUCAUUGUACUCAAGACUACUAACUGAAAUGUGUGAGACGCUGGAAGAACAGUUUACACUUGAUGAGCCAAGACUGGGAAGAGAAGCACAGGAAUACCGUCCUUGUUGCCUCAUCCCUGACAACUACCUUGAGUACAAAAGUCACUUUGGAACACGAGUGAAUGAGGAGCUGUGGUGUGACACCGGGUUUGGCUCAGGUGAUCAUCUUCUACCUGAUGACUUCUUUGUUGCACCAUACAACCUGACAGAGAUGUUUGCAUUAAAUCUGAGAAGAUAUCCAACAAUUAAAUGGCAGUACUUCAUGUCAACAAAUGGCCUCCACACAGAGUAUCCUGCCCACAGACCAGGUACAAGUCUUGGAUCAGACUGUGGACAGUCUUCUCGGCAUCGCCAUGUGUAUGAAGGAACAUUGCGACCUAGAGGCAGGAACAUAGUAUUGCUGUAUGAUCUUGGAGAAGCCCUAACUCCAAGACUCCUCCUUACAGCUAAAGCUAUAGGGCAUCAGGUUGUCUCAACACUGACACUGCAAGACAACAUAGCUGUGGUGGGUGUGGCAGGCAAUGUGGCGCGUCCAGCAGCUGCAUGUAUGAGAUCUGCCAUGACGCCAGCCACUCAUGAUGUCAAGCAGACUGCCAGGCACUUCAUGGACUUCCUAGAGAUACAGAAUGAGCCCACCAAUCACACCUUGGGCUUGAUGACGGCCCUCAAUAUCAUCAGUCAGUCUGCGAACAGCUCAGCACUGUUGGUUUAUGUGAGUCGUGGUGUAGUGUCAUCACAGCACCAGGUCCACACAAUCAUGACCUCACUAGCCUCCAAGCUUGAUACCAUUAAGACCAGAGUUAUCAUCAGCACAUUUGGUUUGGGUCUCCUUAAACAUGAAUUUUCUUUAGAAGAGCAAUUUUUAGCAGCACUUACUAAACAAGACUUCAAGAUGUUUGACAUAGAAUAUAGUAAAACUCCUGAAACUGGGAAAUUUGUGGGGCUGGACUCAACACUGAAUGUGUCCCCAUUCAUUCAUAAUAUGUAUGAUGUGGUGGAGGAACCUCCUUUGCCUAAGGAAGGAGCCCUGCGUGACCUUGUGAUAUCUGAUCCUUACUGGGAUGAUGACAGCAGUGAGACUGUCGUUUCGAUGUCAAAGAUUGUCCGCACUGAAGAAGGAAGACUCCUUGGGAUGAUUGGCAUUGAUCUUCCUCUGGCUAACCUUCUAGAAGAUGUGACCCACUUCACCUCUCCAGCUCACUCUUAUGCCUUUGUCAUGGAUGCACAGGGUAAUGUCCUGGGCCACCCAAAGCUUGGGCGUCCAGAGAGCUGGACACUUCCCCUUGUACCUACGGAUGUGAUGCUGCUGGAGCAAACCCCAGGCCUCAGCAGCAUUAGAGGAGAGUUCUUCAGCACACACUCAGGACACACAUUUCUCCAUGGCAGAGCACACAAUGGGGACCAGUUGGACAAGCUGCACUACUGGUGGCACCAGUCAGAGAGCAAUGGGUGGGUGAUGGUGGUGGCCUGGCAUGACUCAGGUCUGCCACGGCGGCGGUUGAGUCGCAGUGUGCGGCCGUUGCCCCCCACUGCACUCUUCCACCGUCUUGACCUCCUCUCUCCCAGUGAAGCUCGGGUGUGUCGCCACUUUAACCAAAUGGCAACUCUGGAUGGCAGCACCUUGUUCCUCUCAGUAGGUUCCUAUGUAUCACCACUGAGUCAGCUUGCCAGUGGUGUUGAGAGUCUGGGUGCUGUUCAGAGCAUCACUGCCUACCUCAGUGACAACACACAGCUCAUAGCCAACCCGGGCCUUAGGCUGGGCGUGCGCACUGAUGCCACGGCACUCUAUCAGAUCUCAGACUUCUGGAAAAAGCAACAUGAAGACAGUGACCUCAGUAAAUAUAUUGUUAGAAGAUAUGCUGCAGCUUCAUCUGGUGUAGCCAUCAUGUAUCCUGGAACCUUACUGGAUCGCAGCUUUGACCCUCGUUCCCAGUCGUGGUACCUGAGUGCCUUGUCCAAUCCAGGGAGGGUGGUGGUGUCUCCACCUUACCUAGACCCUGGUGGUGCUGGCUACAUCAUCACUGCUUCCCACACUGUGUAUCAGGGUGAGUCAGCUGCCAUGCACUCCCCUGCUGACCCUGUGGCUGCAGUCCUUGCUGCAGAUUUCACUGUGGGAUAUUUCUACAAAAUUUUGCUGGACUUGGAGCCUGCAUGUGGUGGUGAUGAUAUUUUUGACCAAGAGAGGAAGGUUCGGUGUUUCCUGGUGAACAGUGAAGGUUACCUGGUGGCACAUCCAUCUCUACUAGACCCAACUCGCUCCUCAGGCCCAUCAGUCAACAUUCCCCCUCACAUCACACACCAGGAGCCAGUAUUGUCCAUGGAGCUGCUGGGGAGGGUGGAGGGCUGGCUGACCAAGGCCUCGUGUGGCCGGUGGUGGCAUGGUGCCAGUGAACGGCACUACUCCCUUCAGGUCCCUGCCAACCAGGUGGUAACCUUACCUGCCACCAGCAACCAGGGAGACAACAGUCCAUGCCUGCAGUAUGCUUUGGUAUCUGUGCCAUCCACCAACCUUAUCCUCGCUAUAAUCAACCAGACAUGCAGCCCCUCUGUUGCUUUCUGUCCAUGCAGCAUGGAUGAUCGGCUGUGUCUUAACUGUCAGUUGGUGGAGGCUGGUGCAUGUGAGUGUCCCUGUGAGUGUCCACUUUCCUCUCACCCUUGUGGGGACUCAUUUGAAGAGGACAAGAGUUACCCAUGGUCCACAGAAUCCUCAUCACCCACCAAUGACACAAAAGAUUCAGCCAACCGCAUUUGGCAAACCUAUUUCGACAAGAGCUUUGGUAAUGGCCAGCCUGUGCCUCAGGUGCUAGAGCUGACCACACAGCCCCCAGACCUGGCUCCUACCUGCCACCGGGUCCCUGAGCCCCCUGUCUCCCUCCAGUACUCCAUAGGCUUGCUGGCUCACUUGGACUCCUGUGUUGCUGUGUCCUGUUCCCUCCAUGCCACACCAACUGCAUGUCUGGGUGUGAUUGGCUGUGUGUGGUGUUACCUGAAUGGAGAUGGGUCAUCUCUCCUCAGCCACCCACACUGCACAGAGGCCCAUCACUGCUAUGGGGGCAUUAUUGGAGGGCCUUCACCAUAUCCUCAUGGUCUGGCAACCCUCCCUCACUCAGACAAUACCCAUGGGGACUCUGGCAACCCUAUUGGACCUGUUGCUGGUGGAGUGAUGGCAGUGUUCCUGGUAAUAGCAGUGGCUGUGUACUGUUACCGACAACAUGUUGGCAGCAGCAGUAACUCCCUCUAUACUCCAGCCAGCCUUCAGCCACGGCCCAGCAUUUAUCAGUCUCAGCCUGCGCAUGACAUUGAUGCAGGAGAUGAUGAUUUGUUGGACGUGUGUGGGGUGGGUGUGGGAGCUGCUGCAGCUGUCAGUCCCUACCGAAUGAAUCCUGGCUACCGGAGGCCUCCAGGUGUGGCCGACUCCAGCGACCAGGGGUAUUCCACUAUGACCCCUCAUGAUGAUUCAGAAAACCUUAACUACACUGACCUUGGGGGCUUGGUGGGUCUGCCUGCAAGUCACACUGUUGAUGAUGCCCCCUCCUCCUCUGGCUGGUCACCCCCUCCUUCCCCAGGACGCCAGGAGAGGAGAGGCAGCCUCCUGGAGCCUUCCCACACAUUGCUGCCACCAGCCAAACGAAAUGGCCCCAAUAUUAUCCAGGUACCUGUCACUGUGCACAUGGUUGAUAGUGUAUGAGUCUGCCACUUCAAGCAAGACUUAUGUUUUAAGUGGAUGAGACUUGUGACAAAUUCAGUUACUUUAUUAUUUGCAAAUAGUCUUGCAGUUAGUAACACUCCUUCAGGUAGCUGAGGAUUUUCUCAGCUUGCCUUCAGGAAUAACAGUAUUACAGAAAGAUUUGUUAACCAUGUCUACUUGACAUAACUGGUUGAUAGCCAGUAGAUUAGGACAUGCAUGACUACUGCUGCCAGGCCAGCAUAUUCCUUCUAGCAUUUAAAAAGUGAGUGUGUAUAAAGUUCUCCAACAUUCUAGAUAUAUGGAAAAGGUUAAUGAUGUAAUUCUAUUGUUAAGGCAUGAGUACAGUAGUUGUAAUUUAUAUGCAAUAUUUUUAAUUGUGAUUAUAGUUCCAUUGUGGUAGGUUCAAGUAGUCUAGUCUGAAUACGGCUAAUGAACAGCUGAGCAUUGAGGUGUUUUGGGUGAAGCAUGGAAGAGCACCAAAGAUAAAGUUUCACGUACACUGGGCAGCACAACUCAGGAAUCCCAGAAGGGGAGGGAACUAGUACAUCAAACACAAACUUAUGUUCCUAAGUUAGUUUUUAGAGCAACAGCAACAAGUACUGCAGAUUCAGUUGUUGUAAAUAAAAAAAAGUGGGGACAGAAUAUAAAAGGUUUUGUGUGUCUGUGUUUGUGUGCAAGUGUGCAUGUGUGUGCCUGCAUGCAUGUUUUAGUGUAUGUAUGUUUGUACAUGUCUGUGUUUGUAUAUGCUUGUUUGCUUACAUAGUUUUGGGGGAAAAUUUAAGUAUAUUUAUUUAAUGACAAGUGAGUAUAUUACUUGAAGGAUAUAGUGCCAGUGAGAAAGCACAUGAAAGAGAAUUACACAGUGGAGUUGUGCUCUGAAAGUAGUACUGCAAGUGGUAAGGGAAUUUUAUGAAUGCAAGAGCCAUAGGACAAUAAUCUCUUUUUUUUAAACUGUCCUUCCAGUAGAUUUCAUAUGCUGAUAUGUGAAAGUGCUCAAUAAAUAUUUCAGGUUGGAAGAAUGCGAGUUAUUCUUCUCUCAUAAGUUAAUGUUGUGUGGUAAGAAGUCAUGCAAGUCCCAAGCAGCAAGUGUGUAUGUGAGGCCUUAGCUAAGAUAGAGUACUUACCUAUGCAAUUUGUAAAUGAAGUAACUAGUAAUUGCAGUAUUAUCAGGAUAUCAUUUUUACAUGAAAUUGUUCUUGUGAAUAUUAUUGAAUAUAUACAUUUUCUUAAAUAUUAUUAAUGAUGGAAAAUUUUAUGAAUAUUUUACUUUUAUUUAUUUUUUUUAUUUAUUUAUUUUUUUUAUUUUAUUUAUUUAUUUUUCCAAUAUUGUUGAGUGUAAAGGUGAAAUCAAAAAGUCUUAUCACAGAAGUAGUUACUAAUCCUCAGGCUGAUGGUGACCAAUACAGUACUUUCCUUGUUGGUAAUGAUGCUCUCAAGACUAACACUGCCUCUAGUGAGUAAAUGAGUGGAGUGGCAACAGCCAUAGCUUGUAUGGACAUCAUUGUGUUUCAAUGUCUGUCAUAGUACAGAAAAGUGAUGCUGCAAAUGUGUACAGUAGUGUCUCAAAAGUUUGUUAUAUGGUAAUCUAUUUUUUAAUUGAUUAUGUUUCUGAUGAAAUUAUCUUAAAGGAACAGUAAACAUAAUAUUUAAAUCCAUAACUAUAUAGUGUUCAGAUAGUACUGAGGUCACCAUAGUUAUGAGUUGUGGUUCCAGAACCAAUCAUGCAUUGUGACUUGUGUGUCCAGGAAAGACACCAAUUUAUAUUUAGAUAAAUUGUACUUGGAUAGUGAGUGAUAAACCAAAUUUAUCCCAGUACACCUGAUUUGCCCUGUUAAAUCUGAUAUAAUAAACCAAAACCUACCACAAAUAAAGAAAAUAAAUAGGUAAGUGGAAAUAAAUAAAAAAUGGUAAUUGGUAAUUACAAUAAUAAAUUAUGAAACAAAGUUGGGAUAUGGCAGAAACAAAUGCUGGAAUUGCCCAUUCUUGUUGUGUUAGGAAACUUUAGAAAUUUUACUCAUUCCUGCAACUACACAUUUGACAAGUGGCAGUUUUGGUUGAAAUUGGUACAGCAAUCACUAAUGUGGUUUCAUCACUAAUCCAGCACUAAUUUCAGCAAGCAUAAUCUCAAAUUUCCCAGAUCGCUGCACCAAUCUGCCGCCACUAUUGUUUGUUCUCACUACUUACUGCAAAAACGGCUGGCAUCACUUCCAAACGUAGGGAACCCAUUCCAAUGUUUUCCUUCAGGUCAGUUUUAGCUUCAGCCAUGUCUCCAGUGAAUAAAGGAAAUGCAUCUUGUUUUGUAAAGCACAAACACUUUACAUUAUAAACAAAAAAUAAGGUUAAACUAAGGAAAAACUUGACAGCAGUGUGUCUGUUUGAAGCUUGUGUGAAUUUUACAACACUAGCUCUUCAACAGUUUAUGGCAUAAAGAAACAAAAAAUUGCUCAGUUUCUUUGCUAACAGUAUUGGCUGUACCAAUACUGUCAGUAAUGGUAUUGGCAGAAAAAAUGGUAGUGGUACAGCUCCACUUCUUAAUCAACUUGUACUGAUUUACGGGGUAUUUUAAAGGUAUGGUGAGGUGGUUAACUGUUGGGUUAAGUGUUUUCUAAACUAACCUCUGUGUAAUCAGGCAAAAUCACUAAUCCAGCACCUUACAGGUCCCAAUGAUGUUGGAUUGGUGAUGGGUGACCUGUAUUUGUUAAUUUGCAAGGUCUUGAGAACCCAGUGUUACCAAUUAUUGAGAUGAUGCUGUAUUCUAAUUACAUAUGUUUGCAUAACCAGAUCUCAUUGCUUUUUAUACUGAUGAACAAUUUUAUCUUGAAGAUGUGCGUAAAACAAUACAUUGAAAUUUGGUGUAGUAUGUAUUCGUUUAUAAUACAGAGCUAAGUAUCAAAGUUAGUGUUGGUUGGCACUGGAAAGUUGUGUAGUAUUGAGUGGAGGCUGGCAUGACUAUAAUUCUAGUCUUUAAAUUAAAAUUUAAAAGAAAUUACCAUAUAAAUAUGAAUUGAGCAUUGAUGAGAUGUUCUUUUAUGAAGAAAUAUAUUAUUUGUAUUGUUGGGAUGUAAUGAUGUGGUGUUCAUGCAUCACUAGAAUUAAGUUCUCAAGAGUUCUUGUAUUGUGGAGACUGUGUUCUUGGCAGCUGGUGUGGAUUCACUGAAAUGUGCACUACAUAGUAAUAUAUAAAAAUACUGUGUUCAUGGGGAUUCAGAGUGGUGUGUAUAUGAGAAAAAUGUGAAUACUAAACAAUAUACCCUCCAGGUAUCAUUGUAUAGGGAGUAAUUCAUCACAUAUACAAGAAUAAUUAAAAAAUUCACCUUUGGAAAGUGGAAGCCUUAAUGUGGGUCGUUUUGUACAUCUAUAGAUUACAUAAUUUACCAAAUGUUUUCCUGACUUUUACAAGUGUUUGCUUAAAUGCUGAUUUUAUUAUACUUAAAACUGUUAUUUUAGUUAUACUAUAUUUGUUCUCAAUUGGUGUGAAAUUUAUAAGGCAGUUUGAGCUUGGAACAAAUUUUCAGUUUUCCAGAGACAUGCAGUAUUGAUGCUUGAGGAAUUCAUGAGAUAAUAUCUUGAUCACGUGGUGUCGAGAGUGUCAGCUCUGAUUGUGCUUUUAGCGUGUUGGUUAGAAAAGUAUCAAAUGUGUGUGUGUGUGUGUAUGUGUGUGUGUGUGUGUGCCUACCCCUGAUAGCCAUCAGGUAGCAGCAGCAAAAAGGUCUCCAUCCACAGCUUCUUGCAACCUUUACAUUACUUUCUAACUUCUUUCUUUAAAAAUUUGUGUUUAACAUACAUACUUAAGGUAAAGGAUGUUUAUUUUGUUACUGGAGGUAAGAUCCUCGUGUUAAUUGUAGAACUACAAACCAUGUUAUGGAAAAAAGUUUGGAUUCAUUUACUGUGGCACAGAAUUGUCUUAUUUUUUCAAGGAAUAUUGGCCAUUUUUAUUUUGCAAAUAAGUUCUGAAAUAUAUUAUCCCUCAAAUGUUAAUUUUGUAAUGUUAAGAUAUUUUUUGUGAGUCUUAGAAUUGCACAGUCAUGAAUUAUUGAUAUUAACACUAAAGAUGUUGAAAUUUUAUAUGAUUUUUUGUUGAAAUAUUUGUGAACUAAGGCAGCUGAGAUAGGUCACAGACAUUGGCCAUUGGGGCUAUGUAGUCCUGCUCUGAAGAGAAUUCAGAGCUCCUGUGAGCCUUUGGCACAGUUUUUUUUUUUUUUUUUCCCCAAGAAGAAAUAACCCUGAUAUUUAUUGAAAAUUAGAUAUGCUAUUUAUUCAGUGUCUCCUUAUGUAGAGAUAACAUCAGUAGUCUUAGUUGCUGUUGUUCCAAGUCCUAGAUUAGUUUAUGCUGUGAUGGAAAGAAAAGAGGUGAGUAGCAGUGUUUCAAAGUUCUAUUGCUGUAUGCAUGCUAAUUUCCUCCGAACUGAUUCAGAAUUAAUGUAUGGGUUGUGUAGCUCUGGGUGAAUCACUCAGCUCUAAUAGUAGUAAUGGUGGGAUUUGAAUUGUGGGGGAAGAGAGAGAGAGAGAGAUCUGUAUGUAUACAGCUUUGGCAAAGUAGGUAUAACUGAACAUAUCUGAUCACCAUCUUGGUGAUCACAUAGCACCAAUUACCAUUCAUUUAUAUAACAGCUAACAACAUUUUGAAGCAUUACCAAUAUCAGCUAUUUACUUUUUUACUCACUACAUACUGAUUUCUAACUUUCCAGAUUAAAUGAAGCUACUAAAAAAUUACCUAUAAUUAUCAUACUUCUCUUCUAGAUGAAACUGUUGAUAUUUAGCCAUGUUGUCCUCUUUGUCUUUAGUUUUUAGGUGAACUCUUCAAGUCUUCCAGAGAUAGAAGUUCAUCCUGUUUUCAUUAUAGAUCAUCAUAUUUUGCAUUCCUUUUUAAUGUUUGCCAACUGCUUUGCCAUUACCAUUCCUAUAUAUUUUUUUUUCUUUUUUACUUUGAUCAGUGUUUUCUUGCACACAGCCAUGUGACCAUAUAUUGAGUCACAAACCAGUACUUAUAAGAGCCAGUGAUGUAAGAGGCAGUUUUUUUUCCCUAGAUAUAUCAGCAUCAGAUGCCAAUAUAUGUGUACUUGUUCCCUUAACUUUGAGUAUGAUUGUCACAAACAGUAUUGUUUUUGUUUUGUUUAUAUUUUGUUUUUAGUAUUAAGUAUUUUUGUGUUUAGUGUGUAGUAUUUUUCAUAUAUUAACAAUGGUAGUUUUAAAAAUAGAUUUUGCAUAGUUUGGAUAAUAUGAUGUAGAUAGAUUUUUUUAUUCUUUGUAUUUUUCCUCCAGUUUUUGUUGAUAUUCAGUUGAUCAGUGAUUUGCAUUUUGUCACCAACUUUCAAUCACAAACUAACAUUGAAUAAGCUCACAAUAACAAUAGUAUGUUUAAGGGUCACAUUGUACAAGUUUUUCUUUAUAAGACCACUUAAGCUUGUACCAUUAUGCUCAUACAGUGCAGAUGUACUUUUUCUUGGCCAUGGGAGGUUAGUGUCCCAUGCUGUAUAUUAAUCUUAAGCAUUGUGUGUACUGAAGAAUAUCAGGACUGAUGACCAUCUGCCAUAGUGGCCAGAAAUAUAGAGACAGCAGGUGCAGCAAAUUAUUUGAGACACCUACUGAACAGAAUAUUUAUUUUAAUCAAUUCAUUUUUACUUUUAAAUGAAGAGCAUCCAGUAAUGCUUUGGCAGGUGCUAUUUUUUUAUGCAUUGGUAUAAGAAUGUGAAAAAUUAUCUGCAGCAAAAUCAAAGUUUUUUUUUGAAUAACUGAUGUCAGUUUAUAUGCAAGAGUUCAAGGAAUAACCCUGCUGUAGUAGGUGUAUUUAUAUGACUGGUUAUGGUACUUUUGUGGCAGUUUUAUAUUGCAAGCAACAGUUAUUGCUAAUAGAUUACAAAACAUGCAAAGGUUUAUCAGAUGGGAAAAUACUCUAGUAAAUUUGUAAUUUCCACAUCUCACUAUACUUCUUAACUCAUAGAACACCUAGAGAUGAAGAUGGUUAUAUUGAAGGAAAAUUUUUACACUAAAUGUUGUAUUAGCUGUACCAGUUUCUUUCUGAAGACAAAUGUCUGGACCUACUACAGACGUGAGGUGUAAGGUUGAAGGUUGCUGAGGCACCUCUGGUACUUGACUGCCUCUGGUUAGUGGGUGACUCCAGUAAUUUGGUAAUUAUCUUUAUCAUGUGUAGUGACAAGCAUGUGUCCCAGAGCACAAAGAACAUUCCUUAUUUUAAUCAGUCUAGCAAAUGCCACAAUCUUUCCAGUGGCAGUGAAUUUCUAAUAGUAAAAGAUUAAAAGGCUUCCAUAGGUUUUGAUGAUAAGAAGCUAUGUGAUAAUAAAAAUGUUACAUAGUAGCAUUGCAAAUAUAAGUUUUGAUUAUUGCAUUUAAGAUGUACCUUUUCGUAAGUAAUAUUUCUCACAUUUUCUUAUGCAGAAAUGUUCAUUAUGAAGACACAUGAAGUCUGUGGUGUAACUGAGCUGACUGGGAGCAUGUUGUCAGCAGCCUUGAGACAGUGUAUGGUGUUUAUACUAUUUGCUAGUAAACACAGUUAUAUGUA